UGGGCACAGACUCAGAACGGCGAGAGAAUGGAAGCUGGGUUUUUGUCGGCUUUACAGGAUCGCUCAGAGGGGCCUCUCGCUUGGGAGCCGAGAGUGAGUGACCAGGGAGUGACGGCGAUUGAAUGCUCUGUCUUGCAGCGAGAUGCUAGUCCGAAUUUGAGUUCUUUGGGUCGAGGGCCGAUUGACCAGAUUUGAGCUGACAUUGCACUUCAGGAGAGAGAAGUUGUUGAUUCGAGUUUGCCAAAAUGUCGAGCUUUUUCAGGGUUUUGGUUUCGAGGUCCAAGAAUUGCCGAGAGAUCUGGAGAUCGGCUCAUGGAGGGUCCGGCAGGAGGUUGAAAAGUACAGGGGAGAUUUUAAAUUCAGAAAAUAACAUUGUGGGAUCUGGAAAUUCUCUCUCCGGCGCAGUUGGAGGCAGGGAAUGUGGAAGAUUCCCACCUCUGGGAGUUUCUGGCUCUUCCUGUGCUCGCGGUGGCAGUUUUCGUUUUCUGUCUUCGGCUGGUCCGAGAUUUUAUUCUGCAGCUGCAGCAGCAGAAGCGCCCCCGGAAGCCAAAGAAUCGUCUGCUGCCCGUGCGUUAACGUUUGUGGGAUUGCUCGGUGCUUCCGCUGCUGCUACUUAUUACUUUUAUCCCAGGCCAUCGAAGACACCUGUAGUGGAGCCAGCAGAAGAGGUUCACACCAUCAGUAACUGGAGCAACACUCAUGAGGCCAAAACAAGUGUCUACGUGCAACCGGAGUCAUUAGAGGAGCUAGAAAAUGUAGUUAAGAUUGCUGAUGCGCACAAGCAAAAGAUUAGGCCGGUUGGAUCUGGGCUGUCUCCGAAUGGAUGCGGGCUGUCCAGUGAUGGAAUGGUGAAUUUAGCUCUGAUGGACAAAAUUUUGAACGUGGACCAAGAGAAAAUGCAAGUGACUGUCCAAGCAGGCGCAAGAGUGGAGCAGGUUGUGGAAGCAUUGAAGCCCUACGGUCUGACUCUUCAAAAUUAUGCAUCUAUUAAGGAGCAACAAAUUGGUGGAUUUAUACAGGUCGGUGCGCAUGGGACUGGAGCAACGCUACCUCCUGUGGAUGAGCAAGUAGUGAGCCUAAAAUUGGUGACCCCUUCAAAGGGAACCCUAGACCUGUCUCCGGAAUCCGAUGCAGAUUUGUUCUACUUGUCGCGCUGUGCUCUUGGGGCUCUGGGAAUAGUUGCAGAGGUGACUCUUCAAUGUGUACCCAGACAUCGUCUCCUUGAGUAUACAUUUGUUACAAAUAUGAAAAACGUCCAGCGAAAUCACAAGAAAUGGCUGAGCCAAAACAAACAUCUCCGAUAUAUGUGGAUACCUGACACCGACACUGUGGUGGUUGUGCAAUGCAAUCCGUUGCCAGAGGGCAAGGAAAGCCCGAAAUUCAAAUCACUGGCACCUGACGAGAAACUCAAGCACGUCCGUGAAUUCUACAAGCAGACUGCAGAAAAAUACCGGCUACCCAAAGUAGCCGAUUCUCCUUCCCCCAAGGAUACAGAAUCCCAUCCUGUUGAUGAGAAAGCAGGCAUGUGGUCAAGCUCGGGUGCAGCCACGGAGCACUCGCCUAUCCUAUCGGAGCAGGAGUUGUCAGAACUCUCUUUCACUGAAUUGCGCGAUGUCUUGAUUUCGGUGGAUCCACUCAACAGAGAGCACAUACUGAAUAUAAACAAGGUUGAAGCUCAGUAUUGGAAACUGAACGAAGGAUAUAGAACGGGAUAUAGUGACGAAAUCUUAGGAUUUGAUUGUGGUGGUCAACAAUGGGUGUCCGAAGUAUCAUUUCCGGUGGGUACAUUGAAGAAACCCAACAUGAAAGACAUCACGUACAUGGAGGAAGUAAUGAGAUUAAUCAAGACGGAGGGGAUACCCGCCCCGUCACCCAUUGAGCAAAGGUGGACAGCAAGUAGUAGAAGUCCAAUGAGUCCAGCAUCGUCAACGUCCCCUGAUACUCUUUAUUCUUGGGUUGGAAUAAUCAUGUACCUACCUACUGCCGAAGAAGCACAAAGGAAAGCUAUUACUGAUGGGUUUGAGAAGUACCGGAAGCUUACUCAGAGCCGUUUCUGGGAUGCAUACAAUGCGCAUGAGCAUUGGGCAAAGAUAGAGAUACCCGAGGACAAGGAACACUUGGCGUGGUUGCAGGAACGGUUGAAGAAGAGAUUCCCUGUAGAAAUGUUAAAUAGAAUGCGCAAGGAGCUGGAUCCUAAUCAAAUACUCAGCAAUGACCAUAUAGACCAUCUCUUUCCUGAGUGAUUCAUGUGCCGAACGAGCAAUUUGUCGAUCCAUACUCAUGAUCAGGUUGUUAGAACCAGAUCUGUUAUCGACUAUCUUCGGUCUCCAUCUGUUUCCUUUGAAGUCCUGAAAACUAUUAGAAGCCCUGGAAGUAGUUCAAGAGUUGUGAAUAUGACGGUACCAUUUCAUUUACUGCAAUGUUUUAUCUUUUAGACCUACGGUAAAUAAUUUCCUAGGCACCCACCUUUGAUCAGACUCUUCUGGCGUAUCUGCAACUGGACUUUGACUACGGUCUCGAUGUGUCUCUAUCCAACUGUUGAUGUAUAAUACAUCGCCAGUUGAUGCUGUAAAAUUUGUAACUUAUGC